GUCUGUCCCUGCGGACCAGGAGCCACCUUUGCUUCAGUCUGUGGCUGGGACUGGCUGCAAGGCAGUAGCCCGGUAGCCGGGGACUGAGACUCAGCGAGUCCCCUUCCGUCUAAGUUCAGUGAAGCCACGAGCACAGGAGGCUGCUGCUUACGGCUUGAGGCACUGUGGUCAUAGUCCUCGUCCUCAGAGACGUCAGCUCCAGCACCAUGAAGGACAUCUUUGUGGCUAGUGUCCUGGCAGCACUCACUGUGGCAUCUGUAGAACCCCUGAGCUGUGUGCAGUGUAACUCCCUGAAGAGCUCCUGCACCAACUACAAUGCCACCGAGUGUCCCUCACAUGCCAAUGUCAGCUGUACCAGUUUCUUGGCUGAAUUCUCUCGAGGGGAGAAUGUCACUUCGUACCAGGAUAAGGCCUGUUCCCCGCAGAACUGCAGUGACAAGGUGGAGGCCUUUGAGGUCCAUGUGUCUGAUAGAGAACGCUUCAACUUUGAAAGCCAGUGCUGCCAAGGGGAUUCCUGCCUGGAUAGUAGUCACACUCCUACACAGGAAAAUAUGUCCAGCAUAGAGUGCCCUGCGUGUUAUGGGUCCAGUGAAACUUCCUGUGUGGUGAAACCCCGGAGGUGUCUUCAAGGAGAACGCUGUGUCAAUCUAGUUGCAGUAUUUAACGGCACAAAGGAGCUGGUGCUUCAAGGCUGUUCCAAUGUCUCUAAAGACACCUGUGAGUUCCUGUCCAGGGAGCCCCGGGAGCUCGGAGGAGUCACAUUCCAAAAUUUCAUGUGUGUGGAUGGCACCAACACCCCCUCGACACCCUGGAUCACCACCCCCAGCACUGCGCACAGGCUGUCCUUUGUCCCCACCAGCUUUGCCGGACUCCUGCUGCUGCUGCUGCUGCUCUGAGAACACCCUUCCCCCACUUCACUGCUCAGUAAGUGGCGAUGUCCCACGACAGCCACACUAUUGCCAUUAUUAAAGCGUUGGUCUGCCCACUG